AUGAGGUCAACUGUAGCGAUAUCUGCCAACUUCUGGCUGGUAGGAGAAGACAAGGAGCUGAGUCCAAAGAAAUACUUCAUUAUCAUACCAGCGAUGUUCGGCAAUGGACAGUCUUCUUCCCCCUCUAACACCGAUCUCUCUCCUUUCCCAGCAGUGGCCGUCUACGAUAACGUCAGAGCCCAGUAUAAGCUAGUGACAGAGCAUCUCGGGGUCAAGCAUGUUAGAGCUGUCCUCGGGUGGUCCAUGGGGGCAGGCCAGACCUUCCAAUGGGCGGCUCAGUAUCCCAAUUUCAUGGACAUUAUUGUCCCAUUCUGCGGAUCUGCGAAGACCUCUCUGCAUAACCAGGUGUUUCUCGAGGGAGUCAAAUGCGCCCUACUGUCAGCCAAGCGUUUCCGUUCUGCCGGGUCUGGCAAGGAUGGCAUCUGCUCCGAAGGUAUUGUUGGCCGAAAAUGGACAGAGGAAGAGAGAGACGUCGGACUGAGAGCUGUGGGAAGAGUGUACGCUGGGUGGUAG